AUGCCGAAGCUCGCAUCUUCUCCGUGCGCCGUCCGAUGCUUUCUCCAUUCCCAUCAACCGUCUGCCCCGUCAGCGCCUCAUGCUUCCUUCGCUAAUCGUCAGCCCUUCAAUUCCUCGCCGUUGCGGUCAUUGGCACAGCCUCAUCAUUAUGGAAUUCUAGAUGAGCCAUGGCUUUCUCCGUCGCCAGUGACGCCACCAUCACCUACGCCAUCGUCUACUUUCUUCUUCCACAACGGCUAUCGCCGACAGAUAAAUUCGCCGAAUGGGAGCAUGAACAAUGACCACAAGCCGCCGAAUGAGCGGGUUUUGAAACUGGGAAGUACUCUUCGAAUUCUCUCGCCGCUUCUCCCUUCCCUCCUCAUACACCCUCUUCCAUCGAAAAUCCUUUCUCCGAAUGUGACCCUUCACCUAUUCCCAUCAACACAUCCGCAUCUUCCCACUGUCAAAGGACGGACCUUCUAUCGUGCGGCGCUCUGGACCGUCCCAGUGGCAUGGGGCAGUAUCCCACUAGUCGGGAAUGUCAAGUUGCAGAUUCUCAGCGAGCGGAUCGUGCGUGCAGGGACGGUAUUAGAUCCUAAUCGUUCUUGCGAUGAGGAUUGUGGGGACGAGAGAUUGGUGGUGCGCUGGAAAACCGAACUGAGGAGAGAAGGCUAUUCAAACACACCAUCUACGGGGCCUAGUAGUUGGGGGAGGCAGGGCCAUCUUUCCGACUCGAAAGCUGGGGUGAACAAGCGUCUCAGCGUACUUCUCGGCGGGGAGGCGCCUAUCUUCAAAUUAUCGAACGAGGAACAGUUUACCGGAUUAUUCAUAUUCUCCUUCGACGAAGAGGGUCGUAUCCUAUCUCACACGGUCGAGCAUGCGGACGAUGCCAAUGGCUGGGAUCGCACUUCGAAGUUCGUGACUUUGACGGACUGGUUGCUCGGCAAGGCAAGAGGGUCGUUCGACCCGUCUUCCGGCCCUUCGACUGGUGCUGGUUUGGCAUUUCAUACCUGCCAGGAUUUUGAGAAUCCGCAGUAUGAGAAAGACGGCUCUUCAGGCCGUCGGUGA